AUGGUGAAACUAGCUUCAGCAAGAGAAUUUCGUACAUACGGUUCAGGCCUAACUAAAAACCGUUACGAAUAUAUUAACGCCGGUCUUUAUCUGUUUGCAACCGUUGUUCUCUGUUCUGGUUUUGUGUCUCAGCUUUCUUCUGAAGCCCGUUCGGGUCUUGUGGUUAUUCUUAUUGCUCUUGCGAUUAUUAUUAUUGUUAAUCUUCAUGAUAUUCUUGCUCAUUUUGCUGGGAUUGAUUUUCGAUUAUCUUUGAUGUCUUUUGAUCUUCAACUCUUUUUUGUUGAGUUUGCUGCUCCUGUUGUUCAGAUCCUUGGAACCAUUCUUCUCUUUCUAGCAAUUCUAUUCAUAUUCAUUCAGGAAGAGAAAGGAUAUGGUAUUUGGAAAUUGGAAAAACAUGCUAUGAACAUGUUAGUUGCUGGUCCUGUAUUGUGGGUGGUAGGAUCGAUUCAUAAUUCGUGCCAAAUUUAUGAGAGAGCGGAUGGCCAUGUUCAAAUUUUGCAGCAGUUUGUGUAUAUCCCUUUUUUGAUGGGGAGUUUAUCAUUCAUGCUUGGUGCAAUUCUUAAUUAUCGUCAACAAUCUAAAGUGUUCAACCACGGCCUCCACUUGCUUGGUGAGACUUGGAUUUGGCUAGGCAUAUUUGGAAGCUUAUUGUUCUUUAUUGGUGGAUUGACAAAUGUAAUAAAAGUGUUCAAGAUGCAACAAAUGAAUGGAAUGAUGAGGUUGGAGAAACUACGAGGUGGAGCACAUGAGAGGUUGGUAAGUGCAAGGGAAGGAAGGGUUCCCCUGAUUUUGGAUCAUCAUCAACCCAUAAUUAACCAUCAACCUAUAAUUAACCGUCAGUUGCCCGAAGAGACUAAAGUUGAUAUACCCAUUGCUACUCCUUAUAAGGAUGUCCUUAUUGGUGCUGGUCGGACUAAAUCAUGAUUAAUUCACAUGUAAUUUGUUUUCAUCUUAAUCCUAGCUCAUUUUCUCUUAAUUUUGUUUUACUUUUGUAAUAGUGUGUAGUAAUUGUGUUUCCAAGUUUCAU